AUGGAACCACAGUGGCAGAACUACUCCGAUAUACCGGGGAACAAGCCUGGCCAGUUCACUCCCAACACUGGCCACUCAGCCGUCGACCACGGACAGACACACCAGCCUCCUCGCGGCUUCACGUACGAAACGUAUCAACCACCAGGCAGCGUGUCUAAGGUGCCUGCAAGCCUCAGACCGACCUCCAUGGUCCCCUCGCCCUCUGGCAACGGCAACGGCUCCGGCACGCCCAACACUCGCGAUCUGGAUCAUGACACCCACAUGGAAGACGCGGACCCUUACAACAGAGCCAAGUACUCUGCUCGACCGCCCACGCACCAGCGAAACUCGUCGCAAUACCUCGCUAAUGAAGAAACCUACUCCGCUGCCCGCAGAUACUCUCCCAUGAACAUUAUCUCGCCCACUUUGCCGUAUAACAUGAGCCCCAACGCCGCCCAGAAUACAUAUGGCUUCCCUCCCACCGCAAAGUCCAGCUCGCAUCCCUCGCCUACCACCAGUGCAAACAACUACUCGGCCUCGCAAUCAUAUCAAUCACCACCAUGUAUGUUCUCAGUCCUGUUUCACUCUCUACCACCUCAAGACCGGCAGUUUCACUCUCUGCCUCUGCUCGCUGGCGGACUGUCGAGAGGCGGCCUCAACGCCUCCCAGCUCGCCAAAGGUGGACUGGGAUUUCAGCAAUCCUCCAUCACUGCACUCUAG